AUGGCGGCAGCGGUUGCAGAUCUGACGGUGACGGCGGAGAAUGUGGGCGCGUCGGGCGAGUCGAAGGUGCUUCAGGCCAUUCGGCACGCCAUCAAGGACAUGGUGGUGAGGGGAGCGCCGGCGAUCGCCAUCGCAGCAGCGCUGGCGCUGGCAGUGGAGGUGCACCAGCACAGCGUGUUCGAGUCCGCGGAUGCCGCUGUGAAGCACAUCACCGACCGCCUUGACUACCUCGUGUCCAGCCGCCCCACGGCAGUGAACCUAUCAGACGCGGCAGAGAAGAUCAAACAGGACCAUAUGCGCUCACGUGUUCCCCUUGACGCGGCAGAGAAGCUCAAGAGGGUGGCGGAGGAGGCAGCCAAGGAGGAACCCACGCCCGAGGCGGUUGUACUGGUGAGCCGAGGUAGUGCUGGUGAGCUCAGGCGAUCGCUGGCAGCGGAGGCGAUGCUGAGUGAUGACGCAACAGUGCUGGCAGCGGAGGCGAUGCUGAGUGAUGACGUGGCGGGCAACAAGCGCAUCGGGGCGUUUGGCGCUCAGGCCGUGGUGGAGGCGCUGAGGCAGAAGGGCGUUGAGGGGAAGAACCUACGGGUGCUCACCCACUGCAACACUGGCAGAACCAUCCCCAUCCUGAACCAUCCCCAUCCUGAACCAUCCCCAUCCCGACCCCAUUCUUGCCCGCACAGCCACGCCACUGCUGGCUAUGGACAGUGCUGGAGUGAUGACCUCCCUCCACGUGCAGGGCCAGUUGGAAACAAUGGUGGACGCGCCCAUACAACCAGGGCUCGCCCCUCACAUCUCCUUUCCUUCCCACCCUCACUUCCUUGCCACAGCGGCCCACGACACGGCUCUAGGCGUCAUUCGCUUCCUCCACGCCCAGGGCUCUCACCUCACAUGCAUUUCCCGCUCUCACUCCCACGCCUUCCCUUACCACUCUCGCAGCCUGGCCACUGCAGUCUGCAGCCUACCUAUGGCACAGCACUGGGAGUGGAUCCGGCCUACGGCACAGCCUUGGGCGUCAUCCGCUCCCUUCACGCCCAGGGUCUGCUGGAAACAGCAGUGUGCACAGAGACACGUCCCUACAACCAGGGCUCGCGGCUGACGGCGUUUGAGCUGACUCACGACGGCAUCCCCGCGCUGCUCAUUGCUGACUCUGCUGCCGCCUCGCUCAAGGCUGCUGGCCGCAUCGACGCUGUUGUUGUGGGCGCCGAUCGGAUUGCUGCAAACGGCGACACGGCAAACAAGAUCGGCACGUACUCCCUGGCUCUAUCGGCCUUCCACCACAAGACGCCCUUCUUCGUGGCGGCGCCACUCACGUCCAUCGAUGCGGCGAUCAAGACGGGGGAGGAGAUCGUGGUGGAGGAGCGGCACUCUGCUGAGCUCACGCACUCGCUGGGAGGCGCCGGCCCGCAGGUGGCGCCUCACGGCAUCGAUGUGUGGAACCCGGCGUUUGACAUCACACCAGCGCAGUUCAUCACAGGCCUCAUUACUGACAGGGGCGUCAUCUGGAAGAAAGAAGGCGCAUCAGUCUUUGACAUCCGCGGGUUCCUCCACUCCCUCGGCGCCCCCGUGCCCUCCUCACCCAUGUACCCACCGCCCGCCAACAACCCUCACACCAAGGAGGACGAUGCGCACCCGCACACGGACCCGCACAAGGACCGCAUCCGCAAAGACGCUCUGGAAGCCUCCCGCUUCACGCCCGUCAGCGAGCACACCGUGCCUGCCUUCCUCCAGGACCACCCGGACCUCGCCGCCAGGCUCGGCGGCGGCCCGGCGGAGUGGUCCGUGCGGGAGGUGGGGGACGGGAACAUCAACUUCGUGUAUAUUGUCGAAGGGCCGGGAGGGGCCUUAGUGGUGAAGCAGGCGCUGCCGUACGUGCGAGUGGUGGGGGAAUCCUGGCCCAUGACUCUAGAUAGGAUUUACUACGAGGCGCUGGCGCUGCGGCAGCAGUUUGCAUGGGUGCCUGAGCUGGUGCCUGAGGUGUAUUUCUUUAGUCACCCGAUGGCGCUGCUGGUGAUGCGGUAUGUGGCGCCGCCCGCGAUUGUGCUGCGGAAGGGGCUGGUGCAGGGGCGCGUGUACCCGCGGCUGGCGGAGCACAUGUCGUCGUUCCUCGCCAGCACGCUGUUCCUGUCGUCACUCAUCGCCAUCAACACCGAGGUCUACCGCGACAAAGUGCGGGAGUUCUGUGGCAACGUGGAGAUGUGUCGGCUGACGGAGCAGGUGAUCUUCACUGAGCCCUACGUGCUCGCCACCAACAACCGCUGGACCACCCCCCAGCUCGACGCAGAUGCAGCGGCGUUGAGGGAGGAUGUGCCGCUGAAGCUCGCCAUCACCGAGCUCAAGAGCAAGUUCUGUGAGCGCGCACAGGCGCUGCUGCAUGCGGAUCUGCACACAGGCUCAGUCAUGGUCACGGAGGAAUCAACGGUCGUGAUCGACCCGGAAUUUGCGUUCUACGGUCCGAUGGGCUUUGACAUCGGGGCCUUCCUGGGCAACCUGCUGCUGGCCUACUUCAGUCAGGACGGCCACGCCACCGCUGAUGACUCCCGUGCUGCGGCCAAGAAGUGGCUCCUGCAGUGCGUCACGGAGACGUGGCAGAAGUUUGAGGCCAAGUUCCUGGCGCUGUGGAACGACAAGGCACUGGCCAAGGGAGACGCGUACCCGCAGGCACUGUACCACGACAAUGCUGCGCUGCUCUCCGCCGCCCAGACCGCCUUCCUGCGCGAGGUCUUCCUGGACUCGCUGGGAUUCGCCGGGGCCAAGAUGAUCAGGCGCAUUGUUGGCAUCGCGCAUGUGGAGGAUCUGGAGUCCAUUGCCGACCCUGAUGUGAGGGCAGCUUGCGAGCGCAGGGCUCUCAACUUCGGCAAGCACCUCGUCAAGGAAAGGCACCAGUUUAAGAGCAUUGCGGAUGUGGCUGCAGCUGUGGAGGCAAUAGUAUAG